ACAAAGGUGGGGCCAUUGUCAUCUGGCCAAGAGAUGACUACGUAAAUGAGGCCUCUAAACAACUUGCUAACACCACCCAUUACAAUCAUAUUUCAACGAAUCCCAUCCCUGAACUAAUAACUAGAAUACGACAAUAUGUUCAUAAUAACCACAAAUUGGGUCAAUUUGAUUACACUACAUUUAAAUUCCUAUUGCCCCCCACACCAACUAAAACUCCCACCCUUUAUCUACUACCUAAAAUUCAUUAUGCUGGCAACCCGGGUAGUAGGUCUACCUCUGGAUGUGAUGGCCCCACUGUCAGAUUAUCGAAAUAUGCGGACCACUUCCUCAAACCCUUAGUUAGCAAUAUCCCCUCAUUUGUUAAAGAUUCAACAGACUUCCUUAGACGUAUAUUCAAACUUAACCAUAAUCUCAGUCCCAAUGACAUUAUUCUUCUAACAAUAGAUGUUAGAUCUCUGUACACUAACAUCCCGCAUCAUGAAGGCAUCGCCGCAUCAAUUGAAGACCUUCAAAGAUUUAAUAGCGAAGCUAACACUGAUUUUCUACAGGAAAUACUAACACUUGUACUUCAUAACAAUUAUUUUGAAUUCGAUAAUAAAUAUUAUCUCCAGACCCAAGGUACUGUUAUGGGUUCUCCAAUGGCGCCCUCAUAUGCCAAUCUUUUCAAGGGUCAAUUAGAACACAACAUGCUAAAGGAUUCCCCUGGUGGAUUGAUUCCGCUUGAGUGGAUAAGAUUCAUCGAUGACAUCUUUGCAAUAUGGACACAUGGAAUUGAUAAACUAAAGGAGUUCCUGCACCAUAUUAACAACUUCCAUCCCACUAUUAAAUUCGAAAUUGAGUACUCCUAUGAAAGAGUCCAUUUUCUUGAUACUAAUAUUUACAUUAACAACCUUAAACAAAUGGAAUCUGACCUUUUUAUUAAACCUACAGAUAAAGCUCUACUGUUACAUAAUGAAUCCUUUCACCCUUGGAGUGAACGCCUUCAAGACCUACGUGUUAAUUUAAUUACUAGGGGCUAUACUAACAAUACUAGGUUACCCACAGGGCAGUAAUGCUGCCUUUGACAGCAAAAGACAAACUACAGGGUGUUGAACGAGUCCUUCAGAAACAUCCUAUUAUUGUUUAGCCUGCAUUGCAGGCGGUUCCUAAAAUUGGGCAAGCCUGGGAAAUACCGCCUGCCAUGCAGGCUAAUUAUUGUUAUCCUUGUUAACCCAUUUAUUGACAGUACCCUACCACUGACUGGGUAUUAAAAAUCGUCUGGCGUUGGACAGGGUAAAUACUAAAGUAGGGGUCAUUACUGUGCUGAUGAAUUAACAAGAGCCAUUGGCAGAUAGGUUUGUUAACCCAUUUACUGGCAGUACCCUAUACCACUGACGAGUAAAAUCUUCUGGCGCUCGACAAGGGAAGGGCGCAUUGCCAGCUAAUGGGUUCUACCACCGUGGUUAAACAUAAGAUUUCAUGAUGCUCCAGGAAAUAUAAACAAGCUAUCAGUGUGACAUCCCAGUUUAUAUAUUUAUAUACUCGGAAUAUUGAUUUCUCGGUACAUACAAAAUUAUUUUAAAGUAUAACAACCAGCGAAGACGUAAGGCACUAACUACCCUGCGCGGCGACAUAUAUAUGUCAUCCGUCCGGUAGGCUUUUAGGUAGCAUAUUUUUUAGCAUAAUUUGGGUAAACAAGCAUAAUUUUGCAUUUUUUUAGAAAAAAGCACUGCUAGCAUAAUCUGCAGACAAUUGCCAGACAUGUCUAAGUUUCAGAGCAAAAUGCUAAAGAUGUGAAAAUUUUUUUAGUUUUCUUUAUACUUGUUCUUUAGAAUUUUGUCCAAACACUUGCAGGAAGUGAUUGUUAAACAACACUACGCUGACUACUGUAGUUAGUAAGGUAAUCACCUUAAUAUGAGACCCAGUCCACACUCCACAUUUCCCCAUUACUCAAUAUCCAAGAUGGCGUCAGCCUCUCAGGAAAAUAUAAACUUACAGGUUGCACAAGGAAGGCAACAGGAAAAUAGUGAUAAUAAUAGUGCAAACAGGCCACCACCUGCAAAAAUUGCUCGAGAGCGGUGGUCAGAUUCAAACAAGAAUAAAUACAAGAGCCGGGGAGCUUCUGACGUGAAGAAAAUUUGUUUACGAGAUCGAGUAAAUCAAUUUCCAAAUCAACAUCUGUGUGUUAGAGGUAACGCUAUAUUUUGCAAUGCUUGCAAAGAAGUGAUUUCGUCAAAGAAAAGCAUUGUAGUUUCUCAUUGUUCUUCCAAAAAACACGAAAGUGGAAAAGCGCAGUUACAAAAGUCGAAAUUGAGAGACCAAACUAUUUCCGAGGCCCUUAGUCGUGAGAAAAGCCAGAAAGAGAGUACGCUGCCCUUAGCUGAGCGAGCAUACCGACAGCAAGUAGUGGAAGAGUUUUUAAAAGCCGGAAUCCCGAUCCACAAAGUUGACAAACUACGACCUCUCUUAGAGAAGAAUGGAUAUCGUCUCACUGGUAGUUCCAAUCUCGGGCAGUAUAUAUCCCUCACUUGCAAACAAGAAACUGAAAGAAUAAAGCAAGAAAUAUCUGCACCCGGCAGCACAGAGAUGACAAGAGACGUGUCAGUAAUAUUUGACGGGAGCACCAGACAAGGCGAGGCAAUUGCAAUCAUCGUUCGCUUCAUCAAUGACGACUGGGUGAUAACUCAGCGUCUUAUGCGGAUUGACAUUUGCUCAAAGUCAGUGAACUCGGAACAGCUAGCAAGGGUUCUGAACGAAUGUCUGUCAGUCGAAUAUGGCAUCAAGGCAAACUCAUUACUUGCAGCAAUGAGAGAUGGAGCAAGUGUCAACCAAGCCGCAUUGAAUCGAAUAGCCUUUAUAUUUCCAAACCUACUCAACGUCGUUUGCUUUUCCCACACGCUCGAUAAUGUUGGUAAUCACCUGCUUAUUCCUACUCUUUUGCAGUUUGGAAACCUCUGGAUACGCCUGUUUAGCCAUAGCCACCAGGCAAAAUUAGCAUGGCAGGAUCUGACGGGUCGAAAGCCAAAAUCCCACAGCGAAACGCGUUGGUGGUCAAAAUGGGAAAUUUAUCAGCAGCUUUUGGAGCAAUUCGGAGAUGUUGGCAGAUUUCUUGAAAUGGCAAAAGAUGCGAAAUUCUGUGCACAGAUUGUGCCACAGCUUCAAGCAAUCAUGUCUGAUCCCCGACGCCUAAUUGACCUCAAGCUGGAGCUUGCUGUGACCGUUGACGUUGGGCAACAUUUUGUGAAGGCUACAUAUUACUUGGAAGGUGAUGGUCCUCUUGUGUUUUCCUGUUACGAGAAGCUGAAAGCUGUUGCCGAGGCUUGCCAGAAUCCACAUUUUCCAAACGUACGUGCAGUCGCUGUCUCCAUUGCAAAUCAAGAUCCAACCCAAAAUGUUGAAACGCUGGAGCAAAGGGCCAAAGAAUGUGUACAACCAGCCAUACGAUGGUUCCUGCGAAAGUUUAAUGUGGAACUUUAUAACACAGUAUCAGCCUUCAAAGCUGCAAGAAUAAUGUGCCCUGUGGCCGUCCAGUGGUUAGCACCCACAGCCGAAACAAUUAAGACCUUGAAGAUCUUUCCAUUUCUUAACAAUGAUGCUACAAUUGACGCCCUGGUUAAAGAGCUACCGCAGUAUGUCGCGGCCGCAACAGACGUGAUAAUUUCAUCCGAAGAGAAGAAGGUCGAAUGGUGGAAACAUCACGCAGAACAACUUCCCAAUUGGUCUUCUGCUGUUAAGAAAGUCCUACCGGUUCAACUGUCAUCCGCUGCUGCUGAGAGAGCUUUCUCAAUACUUAACGCCUCAUUCAACGAUCAGCAGCAUCAUGCACUAUCAGAUUAUUUGCAAGCAAGUGUAAUGCUUCAAUAUAACAAACGUUGAGUUGUUAACUCAGAGAACAAUCAACGAACUGUAUAUAUAGUCUGGGCAACAGAUUUCGUGGACGAUGAUAGAGCCAUAAAUAGACUAUUAUGUUGAGUUCAGGAGAAAAGACUAUUAAAAGUUACAAAAUUUACUUUUUAUAACAAAAUACGUUGAUUUUUCCACUUUUGUAGCAUAUUUUUGAAUAGCAUAAUAUAAUAAAAAACAAGCAUAAUUUUUUAAAACUGGCAUAAUUCGAGCAUAAUUUAGACAUUAAACCAGAACUGCUAGUAGCAUAUUAUGCUACUUUUACUAGCACAAUCGAGAAAAGCCUACCAUCCGGUCCGUCCGUCAUUCAUCCGUCCGUCCGUAUCCGCGUUUUAUCCUAACCCGUUUUUAAAACACAAAGUUUGCAUUUAACUAGCCUCCUCCGCAGGCCUCUCUAUGGGUUCUAGCCUGCGAAUGGGUUUUGAAAAAAAUUUUCUCACCAAACUUUUUCCCACCACCCGAUUCGUCGGGUGAGAUGCCUGCGGAGGAGGCUAGCAUUUAACAGGCCCUUUCAAGGUUUAUUCCGCCAUAUUGCCGGGGGUGCAAAACAUUGGGGCGAGCGCGCGGCCAAGCCAUGGCUGCCAUAUAUUUUACUAAUGAGUGAGCGAUAAUUUUGUGUGGACAUUUUGUUGAUUUUCUCAUGCUAUAUUAAAAGAUAGUCCAAACUUUUGUAUUCUGGCUGAUCUGUGUGUAUUUUCAAAGUACUG